AUGGAUCUUGCCUUUUUCAUCUCCCACAGCACCCCUGCUGUCAAGCCGGUCUAUACUCUCCUCGAGUCAAGUUACUAUAACCGCUCGCCGCAGCCGCAUCUGCCUCUGCCACUGCCGGUCAAGGAGCAGCCCAAAUUCUCGCUGCCGUCCAUAUCGACUCUGUUCGGGGAUGCCGAUAGUGCUCGGCACGCAGUCAAGCGCCGACGACUUGCUCCAUCUCACCGUGACCGAGAUGUCCAGAUUCAGCCCUACGGACUGCCCCCGCCACCACCACUGCUUCCGCGCUCCGGAAACGACCACAGCAAGAGCCACUCCCCCUCAGAGCCUAACACCAAGCCGGACACACACCCGCACCGCUUCUCCAUCUCCAGCACGAGAUUCAUACACCCCCCGCACAGCACAGCAGCACCAUACGCCCCACCCGCUCUAAGUGCUAGUUCCCACUUAUCCACCGUCGAUGUCCUUCAACCAACAAAGUAUUAUACCCGCCCUCCAGCAACGGCAUCCUUCCAGCCCGCCAUGACUGUGACUGCACCGCAAAUGACUCAACCGCACAUCCAGGCCCAAACGCAGCAGCAGCCUAGGUCUCAGUCAUCCUCUGCUCUGACCUCCCCUAUUACUCUCACUUGGCAUCACCACCAUUACUCCCCGCGCUCCAGUUCAAAUCUCUUCCAGAAGAACCGUGAUCGCUAUAUGUGCCGCACCUGCCGUAAGGCUUCCUCGUGCCCUUUUUGGCUACACACCCAUUUCCACUCGCGUACCCGCGAGAAGUCAUUCCGCUGUACUCAUGCUGGCUGUGGAAAGUCUUUCUCUGUUCACAGUUAUAUGAAUCGUCCUGAACGGGGCUGCUACUCUAGUCGGCCGACUGUUGCUACUGACCUGGUGGUGUGA